GUUCGUUUCGCCGAAAAGUCUGGUGCGUUGGGCCUUGUUGUUGGACCAGAGAGUCGAGUGGUGGCGCAGAUUGACAAGCAUCUUUUUCAGGUUCGUUUCGCCGAAAAGUCCGGCGCGUUGGGCCUUGUUGUUGGACCAGAGAGUCGAGUGGUGGCGCAGAUUGACAAGAAACAGCGUGGUCGCAUCCCAGUGGUGGUUCUGGAUGAUCUGGAAACGAAACGUUUGAAAAAACAGCUGAAUGAGGCAUCACGCAGUGGUUCCGUGAUCCGAAUCUCUUUUGAAUACGUUGAUCUCGAGCCGCAUUACACUUUGCGUCUGCAGGUUGCUAAAUUUGGGUGGUGUUAUGGUGGCUUAAACUAUCUUUCGACCAACGGUGCUGAAUAUCGGUCUGGUGAUAUUGCUGGUGUUGCUGCUGAUGUUCAUCGUUGGCCUGGUAUCUUCUUACCUGAAAAAAAAUUUCAGAUCUUUCGACCAACGGUGCUGAAUAUCGGUCUGGUAAUAUUGCUGGUGUUGCUACUGAUGUUCAUCGUUGGCCUGGUUUAUAUUAAAAUUCGGUGGAGGCCAAAUUCGCAUCGCGACAUAUGGCUGCGCACUUUGGCCAGGUCAGCAGUGAAUAAGAUGGAAAUACGGAAGUUUGAAAAAUCUGGCGGCAGUGUGGAAGCCAGGCACAAGGCCUGUAAGAAGCGCUCAUUGUUAUGUUUGCCAACAAAACGACAAUAUUUGCGUGCAUUUGGCUCGCUGACUUCUGUUGCGCGAAGUUAUGGCGGCCAGCAAAACUGCUUGAAAAUACUGCUAAUUUGUCUUUUGCUUCUUCACAUCCACAAUUUGUCAGCUUUUUUUAGAUCAGCAGUGAAUAAGAUGGAAAUACGGAAGUUUGAAAAAUCUGGCGGCAAUGUGGAAGCCAGGCACAAGGCUUGUAAGAAGCGCUCAUUGUUAUGUUUGCCAACAAAACGACAAUAUUUGCGUGCAUUUGGCUCGCUAACUUCUGUUGCGCGAAGUUACGGUGGCCAGGAACGCUGUAGUAUUUGUCUGGAAGAAUAUAAAGAAGGCCAAGAACUACGGGUGUUGUUUUGCGGGCAUGAAUUUCACCCGAAAUGCGUUGAUCCGUGGUUGCUUAGCAAUAGGUAA